CAUUCACAUAGUUUUCAGUAUCAUCACCAAUACCACCACGACAUCGCAAAAGUAAAACGCUUGCUAGUACACCUUCGGUUCUCGUGAAUAAUACUCAAUAAUACCCGGCAUGGCGCCUACACAGCUUCCGGCCUCGGGAAACCCCCUGGUGUUCUUCGACAUUACCCUUGGAGGCGAGCCCCUCGGUCGCAUCACCUUUGAGCUCUUCAAGGAUACAGUGCCACGAACGGCAGAGAACUUCCGCCAGUUCUGCACCGGCGAGUCUAAGGAUAGCCGCGGACAGCCCCAAGGGUAUAAGGGUAGCAAAUUCCACCGAAUUAUCCAAAACUUCAUGUGCCAGGGUGGUGAUUUCUUGAAUGGCAACGGAACGGGGAGCACUUGUAUCUAUGGCACCAAGUCGUUCCAAGACGAGAACUUUACCUUGAAACAUACGCAGGGCGGUUUGCUCUCCAUGGCGAACUCGGGCCCGAACACGAAUGGAAGCCAGUUCUUCAUCACUACUACGCUUACCCCUCACCUAGACGGGAAACACGUCGUCUUUGGAAAGGUUGUUGACGGCAUGGACGUUGUCUCGAAGAUGGAGAAGACGAAGACUGGUCGUAAGGGCCGCGAUGUCCCGGAUUUAGAUGUCGUUAUCGCUCAGUGCGGUGAGCUAUGAUCGGUUUAUCAAGGGCUAGUGGGAAAGGUGGCAAUGUAAUCUCCGAUGUAGACGGUAUAUGGGCGCUCGGGAAAAGGAAAAAAUAGGGUAGCUGGUUUGCUGCAAUGCUGGUGACCUAGGUGCGAAUAUCUACACCGUGGCCUGGCUCGAGUUAGGACAUAUGAUGGAGGAGAUAGGUAUCACAAUACCCGGGCCUCACAGAGUGCUUGUUAUGGUAGAUGCCAAAUCACAACGCAAAAGCAAAUGCAAAGUCCACAAACAAUCUAGGACGGA